CCCAUAAACACAAGCGUCAAAUUGGAGGUUACCGAAUUGUUUUUCAUUCAGAUUGCGAGAUUCCGUCUACGUAAAAUUCGUAGACUCAAUAAUAUUGAUAAAACUUAUGGUAAAAUUCAACAACUAAUUAAAGGCUUGAGCCACAAAAAAUGGGUGACUACCCAAAUUCAGACGAAGAAUUCGAACUUCAGUAUGGGGACGAACUAGAACUCUUAAACGAAGUGGACGAUUUCGAUGAGCCUGUUGUGAGAACAGCGGAAAAUAAGGCCCGAAAAAGUUUGGAUUAUGGUUUACAAAGAACUGUCACAACGAACACACAAUCAGAUUUAUUCUUCACGCAAUCACAAGAAUCCAAUAGUAGUCGAAACAAUCUCGAUAAUUCUUUCACAACCGAUUUUCAACCACUUAACGAAAGAAACGAUAAUAAUAUUCCCAAAAAUGUAGCAGACAGUAAUGAUUGUAUUAGCCAAGCCCCAUCAACUAGCCUAAUCAAUACUGCAGAGCAGCCACCAACUAAGAAACGUACAAUUGAAGAGUUAUUUGGAGAUAUUGACGAUCUUCUAUUUGAAAAUGAACGAAAAGCUAAGAAAAGCAGGCCUGAUACAAAAUUAGAGCAACAGAUGGAGAUGAUUGGCAAAAUUCUCGAACUCAGGAAGCAAAGGGAAGAGAAUGAUAAUAUUCUAUUUCGUAAAAAUAAUAGAAUUUCGGUGGAUGAUAGGGAUAAAUUAAAUUUAUCGUGGAGGGUACCUGCAUAUCCUUUUAUAAGUAUAACUAGACAUGAUAAGGAAAGAUUUUAUGUAAGAUGUCACUCUGAUGAUUAUGAAAAAGAGGAUGUAAGUAGAGUAAUAAAAGAUAUAAAUUUCGUAGGUGUAAUGGGAGAUAUGUUCAAAGAAACAUGGCAGAAAGCUCAAGAAAUCAUGAAUAAAAAUCUAGAUGAUUCUACAAAGAAUGAAGAUGUACAAAUGGAACUAGAGGAAGUUGAAGAAGACAAUGAACUUUGGGUGGAUUUAUAUAAACCCAAAAGGUAUUUGGAACUAUUGAGUGAUGAAGCCACCAACAGAGUUAUGUUGAAAUGGUUGAAACUAUGGGAUAAAGUUGUUUUCAAUCGUAGACCCAAAAUACGACCAGAAAAUAUUGAACCAUUAAAUAAGGCACGUACCAAAUUCAAUUUUAUCAAUAUUAUAGACAAUCAAUUAAAAUUAGAUGAAGAUGGAAGGCCUCUUUAUAAAGUAGCUAUGCUCUGUGGAAGACCAGGACUUGGUAAAACAACAUUAGCUCAUGUAGUUGCUAGACAUGCAGGUUACAAUGUCAUAGAGAUAAACGCUUCUGAUGACAGAAGCUUGGAAAGUUUCAGAACAUCUCUUGAAAAUGCCACACAGAUGCGAUCAGUAAUUGACCAGCAAAAACGUCCUAACUGCAUAAUCUUUGAUGAGAUAGAUGGAGCCCCUGCCAAUUCUAUAGAAUUUUUAGUCAAGUUUAUCAAUGGAACUGUCGUAAGAGGAAAGAAAAAAGAAAAAGGGGGUAAUACAUUGAAAAGACCAAUUAUUUGUAUUUGUAAUGAUGCUUAUGUCCCAGCUUUGAGAAGUCUUAGGCAAAUUGCUUUUAUUGUAAAUUUCCCUCCAACAUCCUCUGGAAGAUUAUCAGAGAGACUCCUGGAAAUAUGUAGAAAACAACUAUUACACACAGAUGUUGGAGCAAUGCUUGCUUUAGCAGAAAAGUCUAACAAUGAUAUAAGAUCUUGUUUGAGCAUACUACAUUUUUUCAAGACAAAGAAAAGAGCUAUUACAUUAUCUGAUGUUUACCGAUCUAAUAUUGGUCAAAAAGACAUGCAAAAGGGGUUAUUUUCAGUGUGGACAGAUAUAUUCAGUAUAGAGAGGGCAAAAGUGAAAUUUUCAGGUAUGCAAAACAUGCCCAAAGAGGAUAAAGAAAAAAAUUAUGAUAUGAGUUAUAAGGCACGAAUGCAGAAAGUCCUUGGUGUGGUUCAAUCCUUUGGGGACUAUGAAAGAUUGGCUCAAGGUGUAUUCGAGAAUUUUCCCCAGAUGCAGAUCAAGGAAGCUUCUUUGGUUGGAACCUGUCAAGCUUUGAACUGGUUUUGCUACACAGAUAAAAUCAACCGAUUUAUAAUGAGUGAACAAAACUAUAGCUUAAGUUCAUAUCUACCAUAUGCUUUUGUUGUGUGGCAUUUUCAGUUCUCAUCUUUAGUUUGGCCAAAAAUUAAGUAUCCAAAUGAAGGAUAUGAGGUCAGACAGAAACUCAAAAAUAACACUGCAACUGUAAAGGAAAUGAUCCAGGGAGUCCAACCUAAAGUAAGAGUAUUUGUCAAUGCUAAAAACUUGAUACUAGACACACUGCCUCUUUUAACAAGGAUAAUAAGUCCUUCUUUCCGGCCUGUGAACUUCCAUUUAUUCACUACUGAAGAAAAAGAAAUGUUUGUUAGAGUGGUUGAAAUCAUGAUUGAUUAUAAUCUAAAUUAUGUACAGGAAAAAAAUUCAGCUGGUAUAUACGAGUUCAAAUUAGAUCCAGAUGUAAUGCCUAUAGUUAUGUUUCCAAACAUAUCACAAGAUAGAAAAGUUUUAUCUUAUUUCAACAAGCAGUUGCUAUCUAGGGAAGUUGAAAUAGAAAGAAUUAAAAAGGUUCAAAUUUCAACAAGAGAAAACCCUGCAUCAAACAAUUCAAAGAAGGAUGUUACUUUGUUGAAAUCGCCAGAAGAGCAGAAACUACCAAAUCACUUGCAAAGAUUGAAGGUGAAAUCGUUGAAGAAAAUCGAACCAGCUGUUACCAAAGACUUUUUCGGAAGGAUUAUCCAGACCCCAACCGGCAGCAACAAGGGGCCCCAAUUACAUGGAGACAUUUGGUAUAAAUAUAAAGAAGGUUAUAGUAAUGCUGUCAGAAAAAAGAUUAAAAUGUCAAGCCUAUUGUAAAUAUAGUGUAAAUUCCAAAUACAUAUUGUUUUUCAUCACUUUUUAUAUUUAGUUAACAAAUAAAUAAAUUAUUUUUCAUA